AUGGUGGCAGAAGGUAUUGCUGUAAGUGGCUUAGACGAAGAAGAAAGCGAUCAGGAUUCGAUUGUAGUUGAUGGUGAAGAAGAAGACGACGAAAUGGAAGAAAGCGACGACAUUGAGAGCAAGGAUUUUGACCAGGAAGUGGAUGCUAGUGACUGCAUUGUUUAUCAAAUUAGAAGCACACUUCGAUCAAGCCAAAUGUCAAGCCACGAAGCCAGAAAGAUAGCAAAGAAACGUAAGGCCAAGUCGGGACGUAGCGAGCGCUGGAAUCGCCGUCGAAAGAUUGCAAAUGUGAUGAAAGAAGCAGAUUUGGAUGAAGGUACACGAAAAGCUCGUGAGGCAGAAGCAAAGCGAGCGCAGCGAAUUGAUGCAAUUUUGGGAAAAUUUUCAGCCUUGUCAGACGAUCAACUUUUGGUGCCGGAUAAGAAGGAAAAGAAAAAGUUAUGUCUAAAUCCUACAGCAGGUGAAAUGCCAACAGGUGAAGAAGGGCACGAAAAUGCUCCAAUUUAUGUGUACAAUGAUCUUGUCGAUAAACUCAAGCCUCACCAGGUUGACGGUGUGAGAUUUUUGUGGGCUCAUGUUGCAGUGGAACCGGUUGGUUUUGGGUGUGUGCUGGCAGAUUUUAUGGGUCUGGGUAAGACAUUGCAAGUAAUAACAACGGCACAGGCGUUUUUGUCGAAGAAUACGUUGGAUGAGAAUGGUCAAUUGAAGCAGAGACAUAAGCACGUGCUCAUCCUUGCCCCGACAAUUUGUGUCCGAAAUUGGGAAGCUGAGAUCGUCAAGUGGCUCGGCAAAAAGGAAGCCCGACGCCUAGGACUAUUUACGCUGGAGUCAAGCCGAGAAAAGAAAAUGAGUGAUCGCGUGUUUGUUGUCAAAAAAUGGUAUAAGCGCGGUGGAAUUUUAAUCAUGGGCUACGAGCUCUAUCGCCUUUUGGUAUUGCAGUCUAGCGGUGAGGAAAAGAUUGCCGCGGGAAACCAGAAGUACGCACAUUUGAUAAAACAGGUAUACUCAUGUUUAAGCAAUCCGGGACCCGAUCUUAUUGUUUUGGAUGAAGGCCAUCGUGUUCGUAAUCACAAGUCAAAAAUGGUGAAAGCCUUGGCUCACGUUAAAACAACGCGACGCAUUAUUUUGACGGGAUACCCACUCCAGAAUCACUUGGAGGAAUACUGGACAAUGGUAAAUUUUGCUCGACCGGACUAUCUUGGUUCCUUGGAUGAAUUUAAAAACCGAUAUGUAGCCCCAAUCACAAACGGACAAUGCAUUGAUAGCUCCGAAGCUGAUUUGCGUCUGGCCCGGCACCGCGCCUUUGUUUUAACGCGCGAGCUGAGGCCUUUGGUACUGCGUCGUGAUCAACAAUAUCUUUUUAAACAGCUACCACCUAAGAAGGAAUAUGUGUUGAUGUGCAAAUUAACUGACGCACAAGCACAGUUGUACCGUGAAUUUCUAAAACAUGGUGUUCCAACUCGUGGUGACUCAGAUCAGGUGGACGUCCUUGGUGGCUACCAUAUUGCACUAGCUAUCUCGAACCACCCCGACGUCAUAUGUGAAACGUACAAGAAGCUUGAGAAAGAGGAGCAUAACGGAGCUUGUCGGAAAUCAAAACGUCAUGGCGUCUUGGACAUUUUUGGGAUUGAAGAUGGCGGAAACGAUUUUGAUCCAUACAAUAGUGGCCCGAGUCACGUUGCUACCAGGUCCAGUACAUCUGAAACUUUUUUACUAGCGAAGUCGCACGGUCUGCGCGACAUCGACGCCGACAUUAAUGCCAAUGAAGUUGAAGACGGUGAGUCCGCGCUUCCUAUUACGGUAAAGUUGGGUAGCACGGCUGUGCCAAAGCCCAAGCGGACACCUGCUGCGAGAUGUCAUCGUUUGAAAUUUGCUCGGCAUUUUAUGGAAGAUUAUGUCCCGAAUCAGCUUGAAUCGAGUGGCAAGAUGAUGAUUCUUAUGGAACUUUUGUCAGUGUGUCAGAGCGUCGGCGACCGUGUGAUCAUAUUUUCGCAGAGCAUUCCUACACUGGAUUCUAUUGGAGCAGCAAUUUCUAAGCACAACAGGCAUCAACGCCGCCACGCAAAACGCUUUAGUUUUUUGCGUAUUGACGGAAGUACGACCCAGUCAGACAGAUUUCGUCAAAUCGCUCAGUUUAACGACCUUGCAGAGGACGUUGAUCUAAUAAUGAUAUCGACGAAAGCAGGCGGCGAAGGAAUCAACCUUUGCGCUGGCAACCGAGUUAUCAUUUUUGAUGUGUGCUGGAACCCAUGCAACGAUGCCCAGUCUAUGUGCCGAUCAUACCGUUUCGGUCAGACAAAACCCGUGUUUGUAUAUCGGUUUGUGACGGUGGGGACGAUGGAAAAGAAGGUAUACGACUUGCAAAUUCGUAAAGAAGGCGUUGCUAAACGUAUAGUGGAUGAGAAGACGACCGAGAGAAAGUUCAUGUCAUCUGAGCUGCAAAAAGUAUUUUAG